AUGAGGGAAUUUCCAAGCAUAGCAGAUCAGAAGAUGUCAACAAUGGUGACAAGGCAUCCGUGGCGUUCGCCGGUGCCAUACCUAUUCGGUGGUUUGGCCGCCAUGCUUGGACUUAUCGCCUUUGCUCUCUUGUUGCUCGCCUGCUCCUACUGGACGUUCUCGGGGAGGACAAACGGCGGUGAUAUCGCCGGAGACGCCGAGAAACAGACGGAGUCGGGUGAUAAAGUGGCGGCUAAGGUGUUAGAGGAGAAGAUACUUGUGAUCAUGGCUGGACAAAACAAACCCACCUUCUUGGCUACUCCGGUCGCCGCCAAGACUUCCGUCACAAGAGUGGACUGUGUAAGCAAUGGUGAGAUUGUUGUAAAUACAGAGAACAAAGAAGGGCAAAAUGGGGAUUCUAAAGUAACAGAAGGGUCGUCAUUUUCUUCUGAUGAAGAAAACCAGUGA